UAUGGACAGACUCGGCCCAUUUCUAUAUGUAAUGAUCAUUGUGGUUCAGGUUAUAGUCGGACCAAGAAGGAAGGGAAGCCAUUUUGUUGCUAUGAUUGCAUUCCAUGUCCAGAAGGAAAGAUUUCCAACCAGGAAGGGUGGUGCCUAAGGGUUACCAGCACAUCUUGACCUUGGCAUUUGCUGUAAAGGAGAUCAAUGAAGACCCUCACAUCCUACCCAAUAUCACCUUGGGCUUUCACUUAUAUGACAGCUAUAACAAUGCAAGAAACACAUAUUUUGCGACACUGCUGCUUUUAUCCAGGGUGGAGAAAUUUGUUCCUAACUAUAUAUGUGAUGUUGAAAAUAAUCUGGCUGGGGUCAUAGGAGGACUUGAUUCUGAAAUCUCCUUUUAUAUGGCAACUGUUUUGGAUAUCUAUAAGAUUGCGCAGGUAGGGCACCCAUGUACAAUAUGUCUCUUAGCUUGCAUAGAGAAAGAGGCUGAAUUCACAACACUAGUUCAGGGUGUAUCACCAGCUCAGGGGAAGGGUGAAAUUGUAAGCAGAACCAUAUGCACCACCUUCAGAUCCUUGGGAAAUAAAGGUGGUACAGAAUUAAUAUAACAUAAAAUAACCUAAAUGAGGGGAAAGAAAUUCUGCAAUAAUAGAAAAAAAUAUGUCACCCCCUCAAUCUCUUACACACAUCUCAAGGAAAUCCCAAAGGGCAAUGAUGGGAGACUGGGUUUCUUCAUCACCAGCCAUGACACCAUACCCAAUAUGUGAAUGUUUAGGGGGAAAGACUUUCAAAUUAAACACACUCUGAAGGUAUGACAAACUGCAGAUAUAAUCCACUUAUGCAGGAGAACAGUAACAGUACUGAGAAACUGGUCCCAAAGUGAAAUAAUUGUUCAUAAAUAAUGUCUGAGGAGUUUUGAAAAAGAAGAGGCAGAAAUGGUAGUUCUGCUGUGUGUUGGGGUAUGAGCAUUGUGAAGAUC